CCCGUUCAAACGACGCGGGACGCCACCCGGCAGUGUGGUUGUUGUGGCCGUGCAGGUUGUGGUCGGCGUGAGCGAUGGGCGUCACGGACCUGUGGACGGUGCUGUCCCCCGUGCGGGAGCGCGUACCGCUGAGUGCGCUGGCGGGGCUCACGAUCGCCGUGGACCUCGCCAUGUGGGUGUGCGAGGCCCAGUCCGUCAAGGGCAUGGCCAACAGCGUCAAGCGGCCACACCUGCGGAACCUGUUUUUCCGCGUGUCGCUGCUGUGUCGCCUGGGCCUGCGUCUUGUGUUUGUGGUGGAAGGAGACGCGCCCGCGCUCAAGGCCGGCACGAUGGCCCAGCGCAACGAGGCCCGCUUCGGGCCCAGCGCCAGGGUCCGCCGCGGCAAAACAAACCGUGCACAGCUCAGGGCGACCCUCAAGGAGUGCUGUGAGCUGCUGUCCUCGUUGGGCCUGCCGUGCCUGCAAGCCGCGGGAGAGGGCGAGGCUCUGUGUGCGGCGCUCGACGCGGCCGGGCUGGUGCACGGCUGCUUCACUGAUGACGGCGACGCCUUCUUGUAUGGCGCCCGCACCGUCUACCGUGGCCUCGCCGUGAGCGACCAGGACCCCCAUGUGGAGCGCUACUGCGUGGACAGGAUACGGAGGGAGCUCGGUCUGGAUCGCGAUGCUCUCAUCGGUCUCGCUGUGCUUCUCGGCUGUGACUACCUGCCCAAGGGCGUGAAGGGCAUUGGCAAGGAGCUGGCUCUCAAGCUCAUCCACUCGCUGCAAGGCGAGAGUCUUCUGAACAGGUUUCGCGCAUGGAGGAAGGGUCCCUCGAGCGGAGCGCACCGCCCGGAAGACGGCGAGGGUCACCGGCGGCAGCGGCACUGCACGCAGGAGGCUGCCGCCGCCGAGUCGGCCGUCAGGAGGAAGGCGCUGGAGUGCCCCGGCUUCCCGCACGAGGACGUGAUCGCUGAGUUCCGGAGCCACAAGGAUAAGCUGCCAUUGCAGCUGCAAUGGAGUCGGCCCAACCUGCAGAAAGUGGUGGACGUGGUGGAGAGGAAACUGGAGUGGCCACCGCACUACACCUGCCAUAAGCUGCUGCUGCUGCUCGCGACCUACGAUCUGCAGGAGUGCGUCGCCGGACACCGCUCCAAGUGGCACCUCCAGCCCGUGCGGAUUGUGAAGACGUGCGUGCGCGCGGGGGCUCCCUGCUUCGAGGUGGAGUGGGAGAAGCCAGAUGGGUUUGUGAGUGAGGCGGGUAAGGCGGCCGAGUCUCUGGUGACGGUGGAGCGGCGCGACCUCGUGCUCGCUGCUCUCCCUCCGCUCGUCGCUGAGUUCCAGGAGAAGCUUGACCGAGCCCAGGAGGAGAAACGGAGAGCAAAAGCCAACGGGAGGAAACGUGGCGGAGUGAAGCCCGCGCCUUUGCCGGCCCUGCAGGCCGGACCCCCGGGCGACGACAGCACUCCUCACGGUGACGGGGAGCAGCUGACCGCACAUCAUCACGAUCCUUGCCAUCCUCACCGCCCAACGCCCACAUCGCACCAUCGUCCUGCAGAAGGCGGCGACUUCUCAGGAGCAGCCAGUGCAAGGCCCGGCACUCUGGCCUUGGUCGAAGAACUCGGCGCGGCAAGAAGAAACGUCGUCGGUGCUCACAAUUCCCUCAACGCGGACGUUCUUUUGCCCGCGGUGAAAUGCGUGGAUGGGGGAUACGGACAGCAGCAGCAGUUGGAGACAUCAACAGAGUACAGCACUCAAAGACACGACGGCUGCAGGAGGAAUGGCGCCACCCAGAGUCUGGAUACUCCAAUGCGGACGAGCGACGGUGGCGGCUUUGGCAACGGUGGCGUUGGCGGGGCCACGUGCGGCAUCGCGAGGCUGCACUCCCUGCUCGAGGAGCUGCACCUGAGCGACGUCGAAUGGAGCAGCAGUUCUAUGUGCCCCACCCCGCCGGCGACGCAGCCCCUGCCCGCGGUGCGGAACGAGGGCCCCCCGCUGCCCCGCGGGGUUCUCGACGAAGGCCUUGACGAGGAGGGCCCUUGCCCAGAAACUCCAACGGGAGCCGCGACAGUGCGGCUGGGAGUGGCUUCUCAGCGCUGCGGCAGCAGCACUCCUCAAUUCACGACGAGUACUGCAAGCUGCUCCGCACAACAACGUGGCGGUGAUAGAAGCAGUGAUCCUGACAGAGUUGGGAGUGAGCAGCAUGUUGUGCCAGGUGCAUCAUGCAGUAGUGGAAUUCCCCAUAUAAGCGUAGCCAGCGAGGUUCGUUCUAAAUGUCGCGUGGCUGAAAUUCGAGCCUCCAAAGUUGACGUUAAGGUUUAUACACCCAGUCCCACCCAGCUGUCGCUACGGGACAGAGUCUUGCUCAAAAUCUUCAUGGAGAAGAAUCAAUUGGUGAGGUCGGGCACAUCUCCCAAGCCUUCCCAGAGCUCUGUUGAGUUUAUGUAUUCCCUGAAAUGUAAAUCUCCCCACGGUUCACAACUCCAGGCUUCCCACCCCCCAAUUGCGGGCCAGAAUAAGGCAGCUUCUGCUUCUGCAAACGAGUUAGGCACUGUUAAAAGUAUUGGCAUCAGGCGCGAGAAUACACAAACACCUCCUGACACACUACGCAAAACAGUUGAAACACAUUCUGAGCAUGACGCAAAGCCAGGAGUCGGGGCUGGUGCUAAUCUGAGGCGUGUGUUGAUCGGCAAGGGAGCGAGACAUGCUGCGGAGGCGCCGGUUGACCUAAGCGACAGUGAGCUGGAUCUACUGGUGGCUGAGAAGAUUAAAUCGCUCACUGGGAAGAUGCGUUCUCACUCCGAUUCGGCGGUCAAGCAUCAUCGAACGAAUGCUUCUCGGAAACCAUGCGGAGUGAGCGCUGCUCGCCAUGCCAGCGACAGUGGUGCCGUGGACUCUGAGCGUGUGGCGGCACGAGCCAGGGAACGGUCUCGGAGGGUAUUCCAGUGUUCGUCCUCCUCGGACGAGGUCAGUGAUUUGGAAGAAAUGGUAGAAAUGAGAGGUUACGGUGUCACCAAGUCGAAAAGCCAACGUCUGCCGAGCGAUUCGCAGAAAAAUCCCAUGGGCCGUCCUGUGCGUAACACGAGUUUUAAAAGCGUGGCACAAUCCGCAACGCACGGAAGUUUUGCUACGAGUCGUGGAGGAAUCGGGGUCGCUCAUGACGUCAGUCAUCCAUCUGCCGGACUCAGUAAUACGGUGAUGCCUGCGUCACCAAUUGCUGAGCAUUGCAAGCAGAAAGCUGUUGCGUCCUGUGAUCCCGGAGCCCACCCGGAACGGGUGCCGGCAACAACGAGUCCCGGCCCCAAUCAUCAUCCACCCCAUGACAUCUCUCCAUGGGCAUCACCUACUGAAGCUGGAGGCAUUCUCCACCCAGCGACAGGAGACGAUGACGACGAUGAGGGACCUUCCUGUGCCCCAAGCGACGGUGGUGGCAAAGCGGGGAGCCUCUGGCCAGAGGGAAACCUGAACGGUGUUUUUAUCGAUGUAACUGAUAAUACAAUUUCCACAGACACUUCAGAUGAGAAUGGGUAUCUGCAACGAGCUCAUGGCCAACAGUGGAACACGUGCAGCUCUGGAUCCCGUGCGCCUGUGGACCCCGAUGUGGUCUUUGACAACUCGUCAUCAUGUAUAGAGAACACCGAUCUGAUCGCGAACGGCCCUAAACAGAUUAAUUUAUGUAAACGCAAUACUGACAUCUCCAAAAUAGGCCGUCUUGGUUCGAAAUUAGCCUCAGAAAUCGGUGCCCCCCGUACACUUAUGUUGGGAGCCCGGUUUGCCGAUGUGAAACCCAAGCAGGCUCCAGUAAAGUGUCUGGGCCCAGACAGAAAGCCGGUGAUAGGUAUCGACAUGAGGGGACAGACCCAGGGCGGGACAGCGGCGGUGGCAGUGGUGCAGGGAAGAACAGGAGACCGCGUGAGCUCCGUGGCCUCACAGAGGGGGGCGGCGCAGACGAGGCGUGGGGAGGUGAGAGGGGACCCGAGGGUAGGGCCCCAGGAGCGGCGGGCAGCCCGGGAGAGGGUGGUAGUAGAACCGGAGAAGGUGAUCGUGAUUAGCGACGGCUCGGACGUCUCCCUUACGGAGAGCCCGCAGCCACUGGCUCAGCGCGUGGCGCUACGGCUCCGGGUGCCGUAAAGACUCGAACGGCCGGAGUGUUUUAAAUGAUGCUGUACCUUUGGAUAAAGAGUCGGUUUGUCGGUGAAAUUUCUAGUCAGGCCCCUCGUACCCGUGAUAUGUAGUCUUGAAUUGUGCCAUAGGUCGGUCUUUUUAUUCCUGUUUUUUUUUUUCCUACAAUGUUGCUGUAUAAUGAGACAUAUCUUGAGAUGUUGUAACAUUAGGUGGAGAAUCAAUGCAGAGACCUCGCAAAGCAGUGCAACCCCUUUGUGUUAGAGAAACGGCCCACAGAACCGGAUAUCAUAUAACGAACGCUGAGAUCCCUUCACGUGACCGCUGGUCCGCGUAAUAGGGGGCAGCACUUUCCCACCCGCUCUGCCACUGACAGUAGUAUUCAUCACAUGCAAGUCAAACGGAUGUUUUUAAUGCCUAGACAUGUAUAUUGAACUUCACCUUACGUCGCGAACCUUGCUAAUCGUAGGUGCAGUUAAACCUGAUUUAUUGUUCCACGCAAUUCCAAUGAAGUCAUUUGCAGGCAUUUAUUUUUGCAUUGGGGAGUUUGGCCAAGACCAGAGAACCCAGAGACGAUCCAUGCAGAACAUGGGGAAGAACAUACAAACUCCACACAGGAAGGUGCCCAAUUUGUAAAUCAAACCCAGGCCAUUCUUGCUGUAAUGUCUUCCCCGAGUCUGGGUGAUCAAAGUCAUAAUGGCUGUGUCACUGGGUCAGCAAUGGUUAAGUGCUGGAUUCUAUCCCUAAUUCUAGGUGACUUAAGUUGCUCAGAAUGACCCUGUCAGAACAAAAUCCAACACAAGUGUUGGGUUCAAAUCCUGGCUCUGGGGUGUCUUAAUACGGUAGAUAUAUAAUGGCCACGUCGGAUGCCGAGCCUCCACUGAUCAAGGGCCGAGUUUCAAGUCGUGAGUCUGGGUGUAUCAACAAGUUCACAAUGGCCAUAUCUUGAGAGACUGAACUCGCAACCACAAUUUGCCCACGGUGGUGGCGCAUGCCUGUAAUCCAAGGGUUGGUGGAUCCAGUGCCGGAUUAGGCUAGUGCGGGGCCUGUAGUAUAUGUUAUGAAGGGGCCCUAAAUUAAAAAAACACACGGAAAUAUUAAAACACAUACAUUUUUUACUUGCAUAGUAAAUUGUAUUUUUUCAUUUGCGAUACAGCCAGAUAAUACGACAAAUCGCUAACAUUAAACACCCCGUCGUUUAUAAAAGUUGAAGGCGGUAUAGUACUAUAGUAAUAGAGCAAGGGCAGAAUCACUGAACCGGAAUUGACAACUUGAAAGGAUUUAGCGCGGGGCCCUUGAAAGUGCGGGGCCUGUAGCAUUAUGUAGCUACUUUUGCUACUGGGAUAAUCCGGCACUGGGUGGAUCACGCAGCUGCUGUGAAAAUCGCUACCAGUGGGUGUCGGGGAGCUUCCGUAGUACCUUGGCCUUCCAACAGGAGGUUACAGAUCAAUGUGGACUAAUCCCAAAUUGGGAUACAGUGUUGCUUCCUCACAUGCGUGGUUUUCUCGAUUUCACCUUAAUAUAUGGAGGACCGCAGAGCUUUGGCAGGAAUUUGCUGCCCUCCGGUCGCCUGUGUUUUCUCCUCGCAUCUCUGAGUCGUCCUCUCUUCGUUACGAGUUGAAAUUAUUAUAUGGUAUUUAUAUUGCCUCGUGAAUGCUAAUGCUAAAAAAAUAAAACAUUAACAAGUCACAUGGUAAGUGAUUGUUUUGAAUCACUAUGCAACAGCUGUUAAUGCAAUCUUCGGCGAGAUUUGAUAAACGUUAAUGUUUUACUCAUUAAGGCUAAUUAAGACAAGAAUAAUGAUUUUAAAAUCACUUACCAUUCACACUAAUGAUGAGUAAGUUAUAUUCAAUGGCAGUCGACCUCCAGGCUGAGCCUGGAACGUGCUGCAAUGGGCGACCAUCCGGCACCACAGGUGCUAUAGGCUGUGCUGGGGGCUACGCUGCGGAGAGUUCAGCAAGUUUCAUUGUUGUACUGCACUAUGCCCCCUCGGUCCAUGCUCCCCAACUUUUCCAACAAUGUGUAAUAAGAGCCUAUGUCCGGCUCACGUGGUGAUCGGCUCUGCCGGUCCUACUUUACAGCCAAUGGGGGGAGAGCCUGGGAGCAUGGCCCUGGCGUGAUCAAGGGGUGCCAGCUAGGGUGAUUGGUUCUGCUGGUCUUGGCCUCAGCCAAUGGGAAGACAAGUCAGGGGCGUGGUCCCGGGAGUUGAUGGGGAAUCUAGAAGAUUCAGCGCUGGCUACCAAGGAUUGGCUGGAGCGUACCACGUGGCCCAGGCAUUAAAUAAGGUGAGAGAUGAACGACACGUGGUCAGACGAAGAACAAAGGAAGAGAGAGGCCACGCGCGAGCGGGACUCCGAGUGCCACGUGGCGGUGCGUCUCUUGUGGUCUGUCUGCCCACUUCCCGUUGCCUGCCAGCAGCGGA